CAUCAACCCCACAUUCCGGGCAAUGCAAGAAAAGGUUCAGGAAUCUUCCUCUCUAAAGUCCCUCACAGACUACAUGGAAAGACAGUGGAUUAACAACGCUGUAUUCCCUAUUCCAGCCUGGUCCAUCUACAAACAGGAGAUUCGUACUAACAACGAUACCGAAGGAUGGCACAAUCGUCUCAAUGGCAAAGCUGGGAAUGGAAACCUUGGGUUCUACCGCUUGAUUCCUCUGCUGCAGAAGGAGGCUGAAAUUAUGCACGUCCAGGUUUCCGCACAGGACCUGUCUCGUGAUGCCAGAAUAACCAGCACAAGGGUGGAGAAGAAAAUUCGGCAAGCUUGGUCGGACUAUGACGAUGAGAUGAUCACUACAAGCCAUUUCUUGCGAAUUUGUGGAGGUGUUUAUGGCCACACGGAGUAAGUUUUCGAUAGUCUGAUUUUUUUUCGGUGUUAAA